AUGCCUGGGUGCUUUUCAAGAUUGAUGGAGAGAGUGCGAGGACCUGGGCAGCCUUCUUCGUCGACAGGUUGUUUAAAUUCAUUUGUGGGUUGUUUUUGUUGUCUUUUUCCGUUUUGCAGGGUUCGCGAUCGUCGGGAGGUGGACAGCGACAGCGACUUCGAAGAGGAAUCAAAUGUACUGGAUGAGGUCCAGUUGGAUGUGCCACUGCUGCCAGUCAUCCUUGAUGUCCAGGAUGCUGCUAUCAUCCUUGAGGAUGUGCCAGAUGUACCGACUAUCCUUGAGAACCAUGCCGGUCCGGUGGCUAAAGCUUGGAGAACUUUCCAGUUCAUCAGCCCCAUUAUCACCUAUAUGCGUGGGGGAUCCCAGCAGGUGGUGGUGAGGAUGCACCAUGUGAGUAGGGUUCGAGGCCUGGAGACUCAACUGGUGUGGGCCAUCUCCAGGGAGACAGCCAGGCUUAGUCCAGAGGGCAUCCCCUACUGUGCCACCAAGGUUCAGUCCGUCACUUGGAUCCUGUAUAUGGCUGGCAGGGUGACCCAGUAUGCUUCUCACCUCCGCCAUGAGACGUCUGUGGACGUGACCCUUGGCUGCUACCAGCAGACUGAUGUCUCGGUGGUGUAUGCCACUCUCCACAUGGGGCCGGAUGGGCUGCUCUCCUCCUCGGCGUGGUCGGAGGCUGCCUCCGUGUCUACGCCCACCAAUCAGCAGUUCACUGAGCCAGAGCCUGAAUGCCACAACUGCUAUGAGGGCUGGGAGGAGGACCUGCUGCCUGAGGAGAGGGAGGUUCCUCUGCUAAACCUCUACCUUACCACCAAGAGAGUGGAGGACAUCGCCCUGAGGCUCGUCUCCCUGCGCCAGGCCUUCACUACCCUGCUUGGUUCCACCCUGAGCAGGAACCAUCUGUUUGUGGCAGGAAAGGUCCUAAUGGGCGCACUGGUUCAAGCCCAGCACAUGGACGAGGCCGAAUUCAUCCGUGCCUAUAACGACUUUGUGGACUACCUGAGUGACCCCUCCAAGCAGAUUGACAUUGAGAGGGAGCUGGCUGAGGCAAAGAUCCUUCAUGUUAACCUGAUAGAUGUCCUUUUUGAACUGGUGCUAUUUGGGAUGAUGACAGCUCAGAAGUCCCUGAUGGUGCACCCUGGUGGGUUCAUGGAGCGUCUGUACGCUCUCCUGUACUCCUUCCUGCCCGUAGCUGCCAGCAUUGAGCCAAAGGCCGAGAGAUACCUGCUGCUGCUCAAUGAUUCUUGUGACACUUUGCCACCACACAGGGGUCUAGACACAAAUGCACUACAUUACUUUGCACUGAAUUUUACAUUUUUAAAUAAAAUAACUAGUAGUUCAAAAGCAUUUGUCUCUGUCUUUUUAUUUACUUGAUUAUUUCAUCACUAUUUCAUAUUCCUGGAGUUAUGAGGCUAAUAUUACACUAUUACAUGAACAAUUAUGCAUUAUUCUUUUCAUAUGGAAAUGAAAAACAAAGUUUAGGUGAUUUACAGGUACUACAGGCCCACACUUUAUGGCUUUGAAUUGUGAUGUGUGAUUCUGUACUAUUUCAAAAUAUGUA